CGCGUCGACGCGUCGGGUCAAGGGUCAACCCGCAAGAUGGCGGCAGCGUUGACCUUCUGCCGGCAUCUGGGCCGGGGCGGCGCGGCGGUUCUUAGCUUGCCUCGGGGCGCUAGAUGUUUCGGGGUGCACAUCUCGCCGACCGGGGAGAAGGUCACGCACACCGGCCAGGCUUAUGAUGAUAAAGACUACAGGAAAAUUCGAUUUGUCGGUCGUCAGAAAGAGGUGAAUGAGAACUUUGCCAUUGAUUUAAUAGCCGAACAGCCCGUGGGUGAAGUGGAGAGUCGCAUCAUAUCGUGUGACGGCGGUGGGGGGGCUCUGGGCCACCCGAGAGUCUACAUAAACUUGGACAAAGAAACAAAAACUGGGACCUGUGGUUACUGUGGCCUCCAGUUCAGACAGCACCGUCACUAGAGCAGACCGUGCACCUGGGUCUGGGGAGGCUAUGCACGUGAGCAUGUCCGUGUUAGAGUAAAAUGGGGAAGGUUCUCAUGCUGUAUGUGGGGCAUUCCUACUGUGAAUAAAGGGUGUUGUCCAAGA